AUGUCCACCGACAGCGACCUCAUCCACUUCUUCAACGGAAUCCCCUUCACCACGCGCUCUUCCGCCGAGCUCCUGAAAUCUCUGGACGCGUUCCAGGCCCGCGAGGAUGACAUCCUUCUCGUCUCCUAUCCCAAAUCCGGCACUCACUGGCUUGCUGAGAUCAUGAAGCACCUCUACACUGCCAAGGUCACCCUCACCUCGCCCAUCGAAUUCGGAGAUGUCUCAAAACUGGAAGAGAUGGACAACAUCGGAACCAAGAGGAUCAUCCCGACACACCUCGGCUACGACAUGCUCCCCGGAGACUUCAAGGCCAAGAAGUGCAAGGCCAUCUACAUCAUCCGGAACCCCAAAGACACGGCCGUCUCCUUAUUCCAUUACUACAAAGACAACCCCAACCUGCCCACCAUCGGCAUGUGGAGCACGUAUUUCGAUAUGUUUCUACAGGGACAAGUUGUGUGCGGAUCCUGGUUUGACCACAUCCUGAGCUGGGAGGAGCACCGUAACGAGAUGGGGACUCUAUUCCUCUACUAUGAAUCCAUGAAAAAGAAUCCCUUUAAAUCGGUGAGGAAGAUCAGCUCAUAUCUGGGGAUAAACAUGAAUGACAACGAAAUCCACGAAAUCUGCAAGAAAACGUCAUUUUCGGAGAUGAAGGACAACGUGGAGAAAGAAGUCAGCGACCCGAAUCACACCGUGUGCUCCCUGACCUCCAACCGUAGACUGAUCUUCCGAAAAGGCACUGUCGGGGAAUGGAAGCAGUAUUUCUCCACCAAGCAGAACAGGCUGUUCGACGAGCUCUACAACACCAAAAUGAAUGCCAGCUGCCUGGCCAAGAAUAUCCACUAUGAGAACUGA